AUGGUCCUCUCUCUACUGAGCAACAAGACAACUCGCAACAGUAAACGAACACCAGCAUCGCUAUCAUCCUCAGCCUCCUCUACGACCGCAUCCUCGUCCUCGAAAUCUAUAAGGGCAGCUACCUCGGGCACUUCCACGUCUGUCCAGCUAUCCCCUACUGCCUCAUCUACUCUCGCAGAAGCGCUACGCAGCAACCCGUUUGCUGCAAGCCCACGGCCCAACUGCACCACCACCACAGCCACCACCGCACCAGCGACUGAGAUAUUGACUACUUCGACUGAUAUAGAAGAUGAGAAGCAUCGAGAGCUACGAGAACUUAAUGAUGCCCUGAAUGUGCUGGCUAGGCUAUUCCCUGACGUACAGCCGGAAGUUUUCAGAGAAUUGCUGACCAGGUUCGAUGGCAAGAGCAGGCUGGAAGUUAGUGUUGAGCAGCUGCUGAGAUACCGAUCAGAAUGGGUCAAGGGACGGUGGAACGUUUCCGCUGCUCCUGAGGGGGCUGAUAUCUCUCCUGCCACUGGGAAUGACCCUGAAGCCAGAGACAAGCUGGUUCCCAGGGAGGAGCUGUUCCGGAGUGGUCAAUAUAAAGACGCUGUCAGGGCCGCUCUGGCUGCAGAAUUUCGAUCCCUGAGUAGAAGUGCAAUCAAUGCCGUCCUUGCAGAAGGAAACUUCUCAUAUACUCGCGCGCGGCCAACGCUUUUGGAUCUAUCUCGGAAAUCAUGGCGCGUUGCACUGGGGAAUAUGUUUUCCUUCAAGAAGAAGAAGGCACCACAUAAAGAUGAUCCACCACCGUAUCUGGUUUGGCAGAGACGUUCUACUGACGAACCCGAACCCGUCCUGAAAGGGACUGGGUGCGCGGAGCUGGACGAAGAGAUUUACAAUACGUAUAUACUUCCUCUGUUGAAUCGAAACCGGGAGACACAGAUAGAGCAAGACUCUAAGAAAGCCAAGGACCUGAACGAACUUGAAGCAAAGGCAGUUGAUGCGCUUUACGAAUGUGAUUGUUGUCUCUCCGAUGUUACUUUUGAACAGAUAUCAACAUGCUCUGAGUCCAGCCAUAUUAUUUGCUUCAGUUGCAUACAACGCACCCUUCAAGAAGCACUCUUUGGCCAAGGAUGGGAUAAGUCUAUCAAUCCUGGAAAAUCGACUCUAUUGUGUAUAGCCCCGUUUGCGAACGGGACAUGCCAAGGAGCGCUGGAUGCCGAGCUUGUUAAGAGAGCAAUCUUACAAGAGAGAUCUGGAAUGGAAAUAUACCGGAAAUUUGAGGCUCGGCUUGCCUCUGAAUCUCUCGCCAAAUCGAGCUUGAAACUGAUACACUGUCCAUUCUGCUCAUAUGCAGAGGUAGAUCCCGUUUUCCACCCAUCGGUCAAGGGGAUUACUUGGCAAUUCCGUAAAGCCAGCCUCGCUACGAGUGUAUUAGUGUUCAUCCUGCUUCUUGACAUUGUUCAGUUUUUUCUGCUCCCUCUACUCCUUCUUCUCUGCAUUUCACCCUCUACCUUAAGGACCACAUUCCGCAGAUCUUUGCAGAACGUGUGCCUGAGGAGACGGUCACCACGCUUCAAAUGUGGAAACCCAUUAUGCUCCAGAGCGAGCUGUAUGCGUUGCCAUAAGGUAUGGAAUGAUCCCCAUACAUGUCAUGAACCGUUACUCCAGUCCCUGAGAACAACGGUGGAAGCAGCUCGCACGGCGGCUAUCAAACGUACUUGUCCAUGCUGCGGACUGUCCUUCGUCAAAUCUUCCGGAUGCAACAAAUUGACUUGCGUGUGCGGCUAUUCCAUGUGUUACAUAUGCCGCAAGGCACUUGGACCAAAAAGUCGACAGCGGCCAAAUGGCGGUGGCAUUCGACUCAUGGAUGGUACAGCAGAUGCGGAGUCAGACAACGAUGAGGUUGGUGAGGAGGCAGAAGGCUACAAACAUUUUUGUGAGCACUUCCGAAUACUUCCGGGCGCCAGCUGCACAGAGUGCAAUAAAUGUGACCUCUACCAAACAGAAGACGAGGAAGCGGUGGCCCAGCGUGCGGGGGAAAAGGCUCAACAGGAGUGGAGGAUUCGGCAAGGGAUGGAAGAUAGUCUCGAAGAUACUCCUGUGACAGGUGCUGCAGGAACUAGUGCCAAGGGGAAUUCUCCAGGAGUCAAUCCUAAUGGAAUGGCCCGUGUCUAUGACUGGGAUUUACAGUUUGAUGUCACUAACGGGUCUAAGAAAUUCGGAUGGAAGUUUUGGACCAGGGAUCUCUGGCAAAAUCAGCGGUGGAAGAUUGAACUUCAGCUUCUUAUUGAUAAUGCCGUCGAUACCCUUAUUGUUGUAGACGCCAUGUGA